CUAGAGUUAAAUAUAUUUAAUGAUAUAGUUAAUUUAGUUUUAAUUUGUGUUUUAUAGAAUUAUAAAAAAAAAAAAAAAUAAUUUAAAUUUAAAAUAAAAUAAUAUAAUAUGAAUACAAUAAAAUAUAAAUAUUUGGUUUUGGUAUUAUUGGCUUUAUUUUCAUUUUUAAAUGUAAAUAUUGCUGAUGAUAGUGCAAUAAAGGUAACAGCUUUAACAACAACACCGGCAACAACAGCUACCCCAACUAGUGGAAAAUGUUCAGGUAUUACUGCCAGUUUUACAUUAUCAGAAAAACCAUCAGCAACCCCUGAAGUAACAUUUGCAGGUGUUUCCUCUGAUAGUGCAACAACUGUAGUAGCAGAUACUACAGAUACAACUGGAACAAAAUAUACUGUAACAGGUAUUGUUUUGGACGAAGACAGUUCAAUUACUGGAGCCACAUUUAAAAUUGCUACCACUACUCUAAGUUUAGAUACUGGUGUAACCGUUCCAGCUUUAAAAUGUUCAGCUUCAACUGAUGAUACUGCUCCAAAGAUUACCGCAAUUUCUGUAAACAAAGCUACUGAUGCUGCAGAUCCAACCACUGUUGAUGACCAAAAGAAACCAUAUUGUGAAGGUAUUGUUGUUACAGUAACUCUUGACAAACUCCUUAGUGAGAUUAAACCAGAUAGUAUUGAUCUUGUUCCAAAAUAUUCAGGAGAACCAUCAGGUGCAACUGCAGGCUCAAUUUCUGUUCGUCAAGAUUCAAUGGACAAACCAGUUUAUCAAUACACAAUCAAUGUUUUAGCUGGUAGUACUCUUAAAGAUUUAUCAUUUAUUUAUCAAGAGAAAACCACUGUAACCCCUAUUACUACUAUUGACUUUACUUGCACUGAAGGAGAAACCCCAACCGGUGAAGCACCAACCAAAGUUACUACAUUAACAACAACCAAUGAUUUUGCUGUAGCCACUAAAGGUUUAUGUAGUCAAGUUAGUAUCGAGUUCACCCUCGACCAAGUUGCAACCCCAACAGAUCUUUCAAUUAAAUCAGCAAGCAUUGAUACAACCACAAAUGCAAUUAAAAUUACCCAAACAGACGCAACCAAACCAAACUAUGUAGCCGACUUUGAUGUCAAAGAAGGUACAAAUCUUGACGAUCUCACAAUUUCAUAUUUAACCACUGAAUUAACUUUACCAACAACCAAAUUAACUUUUGAAUGUAAAAAAGAAGGUUCAGCAGAUAGUUCAAAAGAUGGAUCCUCAUCUGAAUCAUCACUUAUCCCAAUUAAUAUUGUUUUAAUAUUAUCAUCAUUGUUUUUAUAUAUUGUUUUAUUUAAUUAAAACAAUAUAGAAAACUAAAAAAAAAAAAAAAAACAAAUAAAAUUAAAAAUAAAAAUAAAAAAUUUAGAUUUU